AUGAUAACUACAUCGUGUCCUGGUUUUCUCGAUCGAUAUGGAAUAUGGAAUAAUGGUUUUGAUUGUUCAUCUUCUCGAAUUUGUUGUGGUACUGAAACAGAUCGUUACUGUUGUACUCUCGAAUCAUCAUCAUCAUCUCAAACAUCAAAUGAUUUAAUUUUUCAUUCAUCAAAUAAUUAUCUUCCUGAAAAAUGGUUUUUCUUACAAAUAUGUACGAUUGGUAUAUUUCUUGCUAUAACUUUACUUCUUUUUGUCAUGGUUUGUCAAUGUUUAACAUCCAUUCGUCGUAAAAGACAACGUCGAAAACAAAAAAUGUCUAUUGUUCAAGUACCUUUACCAGCUGCAUCACCACUUCUAUUCGAACAUAAUCGAUUUAUAUCAAAUCGUAUAUCAACAAUUAGUAGUACACCAAGUGAUGUUAAAUCAAGAUGUACAGAUACAUCAAUAAUAUUAAAUACACCACUUAAUAUUUAUCCAACAACAAAUAGUCGUAGUUCAACAGCAUCAUCAUCAUCCUAUUAUAUGUUUCCUAAUGAAUUUGAACAUCUUUGUAAAUAA